UGUGGUUUAAGUAGCGUAAAUAAAAAAGUGUGUAAUUUGAGGUUUUCGUAUUUGCAGCCGCUAUUUGCACCCUAGAUUUAACUAAUAAAUUCUAAUAAUUGAUCUUAUUCAGCAUGGUUUAAGUAGUUUUUGAUCUACGUUGCCAUAAGCUUGAUUUAAUUAUUUCCUUAGAUAAAACAUCGACAAACGAAUUUUUGCAAGUUUGUAGUUUUUAAGAGAACAGAUAGACCUCUUUUGUGGUGGUUUUUGACAUUAUAUUGAGGUUAUUAUCGACCUGUCAAGAGGACAUUUUUUUCGUCAAGCUGUCUCCACAAAUUCGCAAAAUAGGAGACGAAAAUCCAUUCAAGUUCUCAAAUUUCUUGUCAAAUCUACCACCGAUCGGUGGUAGAGCAAUGCCGCGAUGCAGUAAACGCACGCGAGGUGCAGCAGCCGAUUUGCUGCCAGGUACUACGUCUCUUGAAGACCACCACCACCACAAAAGGUCAAGGAACACAAGUUCUCGAAGACAUUCCAAAACUGAAGAUAUAAGUUUUAGUCCUAAAAAGUGUUUAGUCUGGUUUAAAGAAUAUACCACAAUUGCAGAACCAGAUGUAUUAGGGCCUGAGGGUAUGGAAAAAUUUUGUGAAGAUUUAGGAGUGGAUCCAGAAAAUGUGGUAAUGUUGGUCAUUGCAUAUAAAAUGGGAGCUAAACAAAUGGGUUAUUUCACACAGGAAGAGUGGUUGAAAGGUUUAACAGAUCUACAAUGUGACAGCGUACUCAAAUUGCAGAGCAAAUUAGAAAAUCUUCGAAGUUUACUCAAUGACCCAUAUGUCUUCAAAUCAAUAUAUAGAUAUUCUUAUGAUUUUGCAAGGGAUAAAGACCAACGUUCCCUAGAUACGAGUACGGCUCGUGCACUAUUAGGAGUACUUCUACCGCGUUGGCCUCUUCGCCUACCCCUCGCAGAGUUUCUGACUCAUGGACGGCGGUACCGAGUCGUUAACCGGGACCAGUGGUGUAAUAUACUCGAGUUCAGCCGCACUGUUGACACGCACCUUACUGCUUAUGACGCGGAUGGAGCUUGGCCUGUAAUGUUAGAUGAAUUUGUGGAAUGGCUGAGAGCAGAACGUGGAGACGCAGCCAUGCACGCCAGCUGAGACCACAUUGAGAUGGGAUUGGGUGAGGCUUGCAGUAAGAUGGUUCAUUGUGGGCCUGCCUUAUAGAUUUAAGUGUCAUGUAUAUUGUUUAUCUGUGUAUAUUAUGUUCUACACAUACCCUACAAUAAAACACUAAUGUUUAUUAUUACCGCGAUUACUUUAAAUUUUACGAUGUUAAUAACAUAAAUAUAUUAGUUUUACUGGUCAUCUAUACCAGUUAAUGCUUUGGGUUGAUUGAUUCAAAUAGUCUAAUGCCAUAGAUAGUGUUUAUACAGACUUUUUUCUCAAAUUAAUUAUCUAUGGUGUCAUUACCCAUUAUUCAAAUGACAUGCGCGUACUAUAUCUGUGCAUAUUGACUUGUUAUUUUACGCAACACACAUUUGUUUUUCACGUGUUAAAAUUUCCGGUAAUUUUCUAUUCAAAAUUGAAUUUAAUUGUGGUCGCGGUAUAUGUAUAUUAAAUUUGUAUAACAUAACAUUUUAUAUUUUUCCUUGUUCAUCGCACGAAAUUUGUAAUACUCCUUACAUUAUAUAUUAGAUAAUUUAUUUAAUGCCCACCGAUCCAUUGUUUUAAUAGUACAAGUAGUCAUUGUUACAAUAUAGAUAAAUCAAUAUUCUGGAACACUAACUUUGUAAUCACAUUAUUAAAAUCAUUAAAAGUUUGAAUUAGUGCCAAAAACUUAUUUGAACCUAAGAAGAAACUAACAAAUGCUUUAAAAGUGUAUAAUUAGAAUGCAAAGGAGACUGGGUCAGGUUGAUUUAUGGCACUAUUGGAAACAGAACAUUAAAUGAUUUAGUCAACCCAACAUUGAUUAAAUGUGAUCAAUCAAUCAAUCUGCAAAUAUUGUAAAAAUUGAUGGGCCAUUUAUUUAAUUUGUACAGUAAAUCUUCAUUUUAUUUAAAUCACUAACUAUAAAUUUAUUUUUCAUUGUAUAGAGUUAUUUUCACGUAUGAACGAGUACUGCCAAUGUAAUUGAAUUUAUGAUGUUUGUAUGAAUGAUUGCAGAAUGUUUACUCAUAAUUGAAGCUAAUUAACUUUCUACAUUUGAAAAUCUUUGAGAAGGAUGUCUAAAUAAUUUUGAACAUUCUGUAAUUAUGCCAAUAUUUUUAAAUUUUAAGAUAAGUUCAAAUGCAUAGGAAUUUAAUGAAUUUGGAUUUGCUUUAAUUUCAGAUGACUUUUAUAGGCAUUAAUCAUGAUACCUGGAUUAAUUAAUAUAAAGUCCCUGUUCAAUAUAUUUUCUUUUUUAUAGAAUAAUAUUAUAACAAAAUGUAUAUGCAGACUUACUCGAUAUUCUAAAGACUAAAUGUUUCUAUUUUGUACACUAUAUUUAGGUAUCAUGACUUUUGGCUCUGAAACAAGUUCCGAUAGACUAUCUAGUCUAAUCCUAGGUUUAGAUGUAGAUAUCGUUUUGUAUAAGCAAGUAGUUAGUAUAUUCAAAUUUUCUGCGGGACAUAGUCAGUACCAUUCUCUUUAAGAUAAAUGGUAUAUCAAAUUUAUCUAAAUUGUUUAGGCCCUCUUACCGAAUGUCAUUCAAGGAAAAUAAAUCAUUUGGAAAAUA